AUGGGAAUUCAGUCACUCCUCCUGAUGAAUCCGGAGAAAAUCCCCACUGAAAAUGGAGUUGCAUACGAAGAUUUGCAUCGUAGUCGUGUUCCAUCGGUAGGAAGUCAUUCGAAAGCAGAUUCCUCUUGUGGGGUAGAAUUGCGUGUAUUGACGUUAAAUGUUUGGUGUCUACCUCAGCCGUGGCCUAUCGGGAGCAAAGAUAGAAAGUAUCGACUGAAAAAAUUAGCUGAGGCGAUACUCGAAGAGAAUUAUGACAUUAUAGGUCUGCAGGAAGUGUGGAGCGAGAACGACUACCUGGACAUGGUAGAUCGCUUGUCCAGCACGUUUCGAUUCCAUCACUAUUUUCACUCAGGAUUCACCGGGAGUGGUGUUUGCGUGUUUAGUCGUCAUCCUAUAGUAUCUACUCUUACUCACAGGUAUUCUUUGAACGGUUUUGCUCAUCAUAUUCAUCGUGGUGAUUGGUUUGGUGGCAAGGUAGUUGGACUCGUUGAGUUAGAAGUGGGCGAAAUUCGAGUAAAUUUUUAUACCACACAUCUCCACGCCGAAUACGAUAGAGAAAAUGAUCUAUAUCUGCCACAUAGAACCUCGCAGUCAUUCGAACUAAGCCAGUUUGUUCGACAUACUGCUCAUGGAGCUGACAUUGUGAUAGUGACAGGCGAUUUAAAUAUGGAGCCAGAGGAUCUUGGAUUGAGGUUGAUAUUAUCGCAAGUUCGUCUUUUUGAUGCCUGGCGGCUCGCCCAUCCAUCCUCUCCUGGUGACAGCGUAUCUUCGAAUUCGUUAAGUCGAUGUCGUGGCGUAGAUCAUGGUGCAACCUGUGAUCGUCCUGACAACUGUUAUUCUAGUCAAAAAUUUAAGGAUAAUGAUGAGAGCAAAAGGAUCGAUUAUAUUUUGUUUAAGAGCGGCAGAAUGUCAGUUUGUUUGGAAAAAUGUGAGAUUACGAUGAAUAAGAUACCUGAAGAAAAUCUUAAUUAUUCGGAUCACGUGGGGCUAGUAGCGCAAUUCAGUAUACAAAACGAUCUGCGUCAGCAAUCAUGCGAAUGGGAGCCAAACAGGCCGCUGCUGAUCGAAGCGAUUGGCAUCGUCUCUGGCGGGCAGCGGAGGGCUCGCUCCGAUCGUACGUGGUUCAUUUGCCUAGCAGCGUUCUUGUUCGUGGUUAUAGCGCUUUCGUUAUUCCUUGAUCCAGUGCUUCCGUUUAUGUCAGCGGUACUGUCUGUUUUCAGAUUCACACUAACUGUUAUAUUUGCAUUUUGUGUAUGGCAAGGAUUAAUAGGAUUAACACUUGAGCGUAAAGCUCUUAAGGCUGCCAAGCAGUCUAUGCAACAGUUGCUGAACGAUUAG